AUGAGCAAAUCAAAACUUGGUAGCUUUCUAUCGAGUAAGUAUUUGUGUGAUCCUUAUAUUCAACUAUUGCAUUGUAAACGAACUGUUCGAUUUCUGAAGAUCGCAAAGGCAGACGGCGCUCGUAUGCUAAUUUUGGGCAAUAAACAUCGACAUAGCGUCAAUCUUGGACCUCUCCUAAGCCAUUCAUAUAAAGAAACUAUCAAAGUCACACCCGAGGUAUUAAUUAACGCCCCGGGAUCUCACGACCUGAUCUUGUGCUUCGACCCGGUCUUUUACGCUAGACAUUUGUACAACGUGAAUUUACCUCGUAUAGCCAUCUGCACAUUCGACGAUCUGUAUCAGCACAGAGACAUACCAGACGCAUUUGACUAUUUAAUUCCCUUGAGGGAUGAACAAUCGGAUGUAUCAAUAUUAGAUUCUAUAACGGAAGAAGAGAAUUAG